AUGCUCUUCAAAUCAUUGGCUCAUUUGGUAGGAUGUCAGAAGACGCACGCUACGACCUAUCAUCCUGCGGUAAAGGGGAUGGUUGAGCGCUGGCAUAGGUCAUUGAAGGCAUCCCUAAUGUGCCACAAUAAUAAUGAAUGGCUUGAUAUACUUCCCACCGUCCUUCUCGGUCUUCGAACCAGCGUGAAGAAAGACAUUGGUGCAACGGCAGCGGAAUUAGUAUAUGGUACUACCUUGAGAAUUCCAGGAAAAUUUUUCUUGGAUAAAGACAUGGCUCCAGAUCCGAAAAUUUUUGUUGAAAAAUUUAGAGAGCACAUCCGUAAGGUGCGCUCAACUCUAACGGCGCACCAUGAUAGAAGGAAGGUCAACAGAGUAAGGAAGCCAUUGGAACCUCCGUAUCAGGGUCCUUACGUAGUAGAGAAACGCAUUUCGGACCAUACAUUCACUAUCAGCAUAGUUGGAAAGUUGGUUAAUGUAAAUGUGAACCGGCUAAAACCAGCUUUUACGGAAGUAGCUGCAUCUCCAGUGUCGGAGCCGGCCAAUACACCAGCUGACGAGGAGCCAGGGACUUCAGCUUCUACAGAAAAGGCUUCACAGCCUAGCACAAACCAGGACAGAUGGGCGUCGAGGACUUAUCCUGGUCCAAAGAAGAAGAAGAGAAAAUCUGUUUGGAAUUUCGCAACUCGGUGCCCAAGUCACUCAGAGGGGAGUGCUGUAGGGGAAAACAUUCCCUAG